UAUGGAGAAGCAGCCAGUUCAUCCUGCAGAGAUCCAGGGAGGCUGUAAAGCACUCCCAUCCACUGAGGAGACACAGAGGCAACUACACUCUCCCUCCCUUCCUUCACUUCCUCUCCUCUCCUCUCCUCUCCUCUCCUCUCCUCUCCUCCCUGAGCUCAGCUGUAACAGAUCUCAGAUCAGCUCGGCUCAGGCAAACCAUCACGUCUCAGCAAGCCACCGAGAUGCAGGAGUUCCGACCAAAAUGGAUGAGGCUGCUCUGCUUGUCGGUGCUGAGUCUGUGCUGCGUCUGCCUGCCGGGGGGAUCGGACGCCAGGAGAGCCCCAAAGGUCCCCCGCUGUCCUGCGACCUGCUCCUGCACCAAAGACAGCGCCUUCUGCGUGGACACCAAGACCAUCCCCAAGAGCUUCCCCCCCGGAAUCAUCUCCCUGACGAUGGUGAACGCAGCUUUUACAACCAUCCCGGAGGGGGCUUUCUCCCACCUGCACCUGCUGCAGUUCCUGCUCCUGAACUCCAACACUUUCACUAUGAUUUCUGAUGAUGCUUUUGCUGGUCUUUCUCACCUGCAGUACCUGUUUAUUGAGAAUAACGACAUCCAGACUCUGUCGAAGUACACCUUCAGAGGGCUCAAGUCCCUGACUCAUCUAUCUCUCUCAAACAACAACCUGCAGCAGCUGCCCAGAGACCUUUUCAAACAUCUGGACAUCCUCACAGACCUAGACCUGCGUGGAAACUCUUUCCGCUGCGACUGUAAGAUCAAGUGGCUGGUGGACUGGAUAGAGAAGACCAACACCACCGUUCCUGCCAUCUWCUGCGCCAGUCCCUUUGAAUUUCAGGGACGCAGAGUCCCUGAUCUCGCCCCACGAGACUUCAACUGCAUCACUGCAGAUUUUGCAAUUUACGAGACUUUUCCUUUCCACUCCGUGUCAGUGGAGUCGUAYGAGUUCAGUGAGGAUCAGUUUGUGGUCUUUGCUCAGCCGGACUCAGGGUUCUGCACCCUGUAUAUUUGGGACCAUGUGGAGAUGAGCUUCAAGAAGUUUCAUAACAUCACCUCUCGUUCUGCUGUUUACUGCAAACCUGUGGUGAUAAAUAACACACUUUACAUGGUCGUGGCUCARCUUUUCGGUGGAUCCCACAUAUACAAGUGGGAAGAGGACCCACAGCGCUUUAUAAAGAUCCAGGAUAUUGACACMAGUCGCGUAAGGAAACCCAACUUUGUGGAGACCUUCCAGCUGGAUGGAGAGUGGUACUUCAUUGUGGCGGACAGCUCCAAGGCAGGCUCCACCAGCAUUUAUCGUUGGAACAGCAACGGCUUCUACUCCCAUCAGUCCCUCCAUCCCUGGCAUCGGGACACCCACGUAGAGUUCUUGGAUGUUGGGGGAAAGCCUCACCUCAUCCUCUCCAGCGCCUCCCAGCCGCCSGUGGUUUACCAGUGGAACCGAAGCCAGAAGCAGUUCACCUUCCACUCCCAAAUCACAGAACUGGCCGACGUGCAGAUGGUGAAGCACUUCUGGGUGAGGAAGGUUCUUUACCUCUGCCUCACACGCUUCAUCGGUGACUCCAAGGUCCUUCGAUGGGAGGGGCAGCGGUUCAUGGAGAUCCAGACKCUCCCCUCUCGGGGUUCGAUGGCUGUGUACCCCUUCUCGGUGGGCGCACGGCAGUACCUCAUCCUUGGAAGUGAUUUCUCCUUCUCCAGAGUGUACCUGUGGGACGACCUCACUCAGCGCUUUCAGCCCUUCCAGGAGCUCAACAUGAGAGCCCCGAGAGGGUUCGACCUGGUGUCCAUCGAUGAUAAGGACAUUUUGCUGGCUGCCAGCUUUAAGGGAAACACUCAGGCCUACCAGCACMUGGUGGUGGACCUCAGUGCCAAAUGAACAUGUCAGAGCAUCAAGAAGAKUUUUCUCAUUACAAAAGCAAUGUGCCAAACGUUUUCAUAGUUCUGCUGUUCCCUCUUCAGGGGUUCCCACAGCGAGUCUUCCAUCUCACUCUGCUCUCACUCCAACUACCUCCAUGUCCUCUAAYUGCAUCCAAAUGUCUCAUCUUUGUCUUUUUCCUGGCAGCUGCAUCGCUAACAUCCUUCUGUCAAAGCCRCUGUCUCCAAAACUACAACACAGUUGGUCUAAAGCUUUCCUUUGACCUUUGCUGCCACCCUUUUGAUACAAAUCACUCCUGAAACAUUUCUCCACCCUGCCUGGACUCUCCUUUUCAUCCCUUCAUCACACUCUGUUUUCCUGGACAGUUGACACAAAGUAUUUGAAGUCCUGCACCUUUGUGACCUCUGCUCCUUGCAGCCUCGCUGCUUUACCGGCCUCUCAUUCACACACAUGGACUCUGUUGUGCUACAGCUGACUUUCAUUCCUCUUUUUUCCAUGUGCAAACCUUCACCUCUCCAAGUCCUCUUCCACCUGUUAAAUACAAUGUGCCAAACAAAAUCGCAAAAUGUUCAAGCCAUUUAAUUACAAGUUUUCUCUAACGUUAAAGUGAAAAUAAUUAGUUAAAUGAUUGUUGAAAUCAUUAUUAAUGCAUCGUUCUCUAACAGCUGAAUGAAAUAAAAGUUAACACAAGUGUCAUGUAAAUGCUGCAGUAAAUCACUGUUUGUGCAACCAAACUAUGACCAAGGCAGUGCUGUUUUUGAAGAUUAUUAUGUUUGUUUUGUACUUAACUAAUGUUAAAAUAACAUGCACGUGCAUUUACCUAAUUAUUUGUUGGAUUGUGCUGAAUAAGAUACASUAAGUGUGAGAGGAAAACUACUGGGAUUUUACUAAUUUUAUGCUGAACUGAAAACCAUUUUGCAUGACACUGUGUAUUUAUGUUCAACACGAUUACAUUGCAGUACUUCAUUACUGAACAGUAUCAGAUAAAGAACCGAGAGACUAAUUAUUUGUUUUGCAAUUAAAAUGGAAAAAAGGUUUGGCUGAGCAAAACAAAACCUCAGGUCAUAAAAAUGUAAAAACACCUACCUACUGAUUAUGCUUAUUAUUAAAAUAAAUUUGUUUUAUGGGAAUAAUGUGUGCACAUAACAACCAAUAAAUUCAAAUGUGAAUAAAUGUUAUUCCCACGAUGAUGUUUUGUACAUACACAAACAGAAAUGGUUGUUGCUUUAAAAAUUGUGGAUAUGUGGAUUCUAUCGAAUUAGAAU